GGCCGGGGACGUGCAGGCCCCGCUGCUCCCGCCUCCGGGAUGCUGCAGAACCCCGUCACCUCCACGCCCUUCUCGGUGGACGACAUCCUGCGGCUGGAGCGAGAGCAGAUCGGCCUCGCGGCCCUGCAGCUCCGCGGGGAGCGCUCUCAGUAUCUGCGUCUGGUCCCGGACCCGCGCGGGGCGGAGGUUCCCAACCCCGGUAGCCGCGGCGACGGAGAGGGAUGGCAGGACGGGCCGGAGCCCCCUGGGGAUCCCGGUGAGCGGGUCACAGCCAUGGACGCGGAGCGGGCGGAGCCCGGCCUCCGCGCGGCCUCGCCCCUCCGCGGCGGGACCCGGCGGCCAGAGCGCGGCGGCGGCGCCAGCGGCGGCAGCUGCAGCGACGGGGCGCGCGGUGCGGGCGCGGAGCAGCCGAGGGCGCGGCAGCGGCGGCGGCCGCGCGUGCUCUUCUCGCAGGCGCAGGUGCUGGCGCUGGAGCGGCGCUUCAAGCAGCAGCGGUACCUGUCGGCGCCGGAGCGCGAGCACCUGGCCAGCGCGCUGCAGCUCACGUCCACGCAGGUCAAGAUCUGGUUCCAGAACCGGCGCUACAAGUGCAAGAGGCAGCGCCAGGACAAGUCCCUGGAGCUGGCGGGCCACCCCCUGGCGCCGCGCCGGGUAGCGGUGCCCGUGCUGGUGCGGGACGGCAAGCCCUGCCUGGGCCCCGGCGCGCCCGCCUUCCCGGGUCCCUACGGUGCCGCCGCCGCGCCCUAUUCCUGCUACAGAGGCUACGCGGGCGCGCCCUACGUGGCGGGCUACGGCGGGGGCUACGCGGGCGCGCCCCCGGGGCCCGCCCCGCCCGCGCCCCUGGCCGGCGUGGGCCUCGGCGGGGGUGGCCAGAGCAGCAGCGCGCAGGGCCCUCUGCCCGCCACGCUGCAGGGGGUGCCGGCCUGGUGAGGCGCCCUGGCUCAGACACACCCACCGAGGCCGGGCGCUCCGUCCAGCCGUCCGCCAAUGGGUCUCAGCAAGAAGAUGGGCUGCCACCCUGGAGGGAAGAGGCCACCCGCAUGGCGCUCCCCCCGAGAGCGAUCUUGCGACUGUGGAUCGCCCCGGGGAGCCUCGGGCUGAAGGCCCUGGGAGCGUUCUUCCCGCUCAGAGACAGACAGGACGCGCGGGCCUUCGCCAGCCUCGGCGCGCAGCGCUGGGCGGAGGAGGAAAGCAAGGGUGGGAGGCAGUUUCGGGCGGCGGGCCGCGCUAAGGAAGCUGUCGUCGGGUCUCAAACCUAGGGGGCUGGGAGGUUGUGCGCUGCAGCCUGGGCAUUCGGAGGGCCUGGGUCCUCCAGCGAAGGGCGACAGGUGGGGGAAGAAUGAAAGAGUCGAGUGAGGGAAGGGGAGUGGGGAGCCAGCCAGGAAAAGGAGGAUCCAGGGG